AUGUCUGCAAAUAUCGGGCACCAUUCUCCAGAUACAGUACCCGAAAAGCAUUUCUUCUAUGCUCGGAGAGGACAACUCAUAGCACAGUUUUGUGGAUCGUGCAUGUCCAUGGAGCGGCUAUAUCAGGAGACAUCGAGUCUGCUACAAGAAGCUCAUUUUGGUAUGAGUCGUCUGGAACGUGCCAAGGACGAAAGAGAAGCUCAUGAAAUUUCUCAACAUAUCACAGAACAACUGCGAGUGAUCGACAAGAACUGUGAUCAACUGGUUAUACUGGUCGACAAAGAAGCUCCUUCGCGGCGUCAUCUCGUACGGAUCAAAGUGGAUCAAUUAAAAAACGACAGUCAGAGUGUACAUUACGCAAUUUCGGCUAUGUAUUCAAGGCUGACAGUGAGAUGGCGAGCGGCAAGCGAACGAGAAGAAUUGCUACAUCAGAGGUUUCGACCGAAUGACUCCACAACGCUUACGCUAGAAGACCAAGAACUACAGAUGAAUGACCGACUUAAUUCCUCUAAUCGACAGGUUGAUGACCUUAUUUCCCAAGGAGUGGCUGUUCUGGAAAGUCUUCGUUCCCAACAUAUGAAUCUGCGUGGGGUAAGACGAAAGAUGAUGGACAUAGGAGCAGCUCUAGGAUUGUCGAACACUACUUUGCAAAUGAUAGAUCGACGAGUACGAGAAGAUUGGCUAAUUUUUGUUGCUGGUUGCAUUGUCACGCUUAUAUUCAUAACCAAGAACUUGGGCAAAUACCUAUUCUGGAUAUCUGUACGAAAUGUUCGGAUUUUCGUUCUAUCUAAGGAAUGUUUGCUUUGGACGAAUCGCUAUAAUAUGGACUGUGAUAUAGCCUCGUAUCAUGUCGAGUCAUUUAAUUAUCUGGCCGAAGAAGGUGUCCAUCUUGCCGCGCAAUCUGUGCCGAAAGAGAAGUUCAGACUGAGUUCUGGGGAGGCCAUCGAGUUGGGCUACACAGGUGCCUCGUUGGCAAUGCCCACACUUGAGAGUGGGUCCAAUAAACUAUCAAGUAUUGAUCAGUUGCGGGUUCUUCCAUCGGAAUGUCGACAAAGAGGUAUAACAUACGCCGGAAAUUUGAAAGUAGGAAUUGAGGUAAAAGUAAACGGUCGACGUGUUGAUAUCGUUGAAACAAUUCUCGGCAGAGUCCCCGUCAUGCUCCGAUCUACUCUUUGUCAUUUGAGUAAAAUGAAUAGAAGUGAGCUGUUAAAAGCAGGAGAGGAAGCCACAGAAAAAGGAGGAUAUUUCAUUUGCAAAGGCAGCGAGAAGGUCAUUAGACUGUUAGUUGCGAACCGGCGGAAUUUUCCAAUUGCUCUGAACAGAAAAACGUUCCGAGAAAAGGGGCUUUUAUUCACUGAAUAUGGGGUGAUGAUGCGAUGCGUGAAAGAUAACCACACCGCAGUAAUGAUGACUAUUCACUACCUUGAAUCGGGUACAAUUCAGAUAGCCCUACAGUAUCGUCGAGAAAUUUUCUACUUACCUUUUAUCUAUGUGCUUAAAGCAUUGGUUGACAAAAAUGAUGCUUUGAUUGCUGCUGAAAUGAAACGAGGUCGGAAAGACGAUUCAUUUUUCCUGUCCUGUGUGCUGAAUAUGCUAUCACAAAGUCAAGACGAAGGCGUUCUGCAUAAGGAGGCAGCUCUAAGAGCUAUUGGCGCUCGUUUUCGUGUUGCAGUAGCUGAUCGCAUUGCUCCAUGGGAAGAUGAUGAGGAAACAGGUCGAUUCAUAAUCAAUUCUUGUGUUGCUGUACAUCUUGAUGAUUGGGAAGAAAAGUUCUAUUUGCUUGUUUACAUGGCACAAAAACUUUUUGCUCUUGUCAAGGGUGAAUGCGCCCCGGAAACGCCUGAUAAUCCCCAGUUCCAAGCAACGGCAGUUUCCGGCCACAUUAUUCUAUUAAUCAUCCGUGAACGAAUGGAGAAUAUCCUUGGUAUGGUCAGGCGCAAGUUGGAGUUCAAUGCGAAACGUAGAAAAGAUACAUUUGCGGUGACAUCAAACGAAAUUGUUCGCGCUCUGGGUAGUCACCAGAAUGGGGAAAUAACUCGAGGUUUGGAGUACUUUCUUGCGACUGGUAAUUUGGUAACAAAGAUAGGAUUGUCACUGCAACAGGACACUGGAUUCUCUGUCAUUGCAGAACGGAUCAACCAAUUACGAUUUGUAUCUCACUUCCGAGCUAUUCACAGAGGAGCUUUCUUCAUGGAAAUGAGAACUACCGAUGUACGGAAGCUGCGACCAGAAGCUUGGGGUUUUAUUUGUCCUGUACAUACCCCUGAUGGAGCCCCAUGUGGACUUCUAAAUCACGUCACAGCUUCUUGUCGUAUAGUCACUCAUUAUUCGGAUGCUCGGGAACUGCCAGCACUACUUGCUGAUCUCGGAAUGCUUUCCCACAAAUCCAUUAUUUUCGCUAAUGAGGAAGAGUACUAUCCAGUGCUUCUUGAUGGCUGUUUCCUCGGCUAUAUUCCUAAACGAAAAGCCGUAUCAAUAGAAAGACAAUUACGCUGUAUUAAAACUGAUUUGAAGGACACUAGAGUUCCAUAUGUGGCUGAGAUAGCACUGGUCCGUCAAUCACUGGAUAUGAAGAACAUCCAAACUCAGUAUCCUGGCCUAUAUAUCCUCACUGACCCUGCCCGUUUGAUACGUUCCGUUCGCAACCUUCUAACCGAUUCUGUAGAGUUUAUCGGUACUUAUGAGCAAGUCUAUCUUUCGAUUGUCAUUGACCCGGAAGAGGCAGAGCCAGGAGUCACAUUUCAUCAAGAAUUGCACCCUAGUUGUUUGUUUUCGUUUGCUGGGAAUCUCAUACCAUUUCCAGAUCAUAACCAGUCACCUCGGAAUGUUUACCAAUGUCAAAUGGGUAAGCAGACUAUGGGAACAGCUGUGCAUGCGUGGCACACCAGAGCUGACAACAAAAUGUAUAGGUUACAGUUUCCACAAAGUCCACUCCUCAAAUUGGAGGCGUAUGACCGAUAUGAAAUGGAUGAAUAUCCACUUGGAACGAAUGCUUGUGUGGCUGUGAUAUCCUAUACAGGGUAUGACAUGGAAGACGCCAUGGUGAUCAACAAAGCGUCUUUUCAGCGAGGCUUUGCUCAUGGUACAGUUAUUAAAGUUGAAAGGAUAAAUUUGGUGUCAAUGAGUGAGAAGAAGACCAUGUUUCGUAUGGAUCCAAAACAUCCAUACGAAACUGUUGGCUGCGAUGGACUUCCUAUUCCAGGGCGACGGUACAUGUUAGGGGAUGUUUAUUACGUGACUUACAAUCAAGAUACAGGAUUACAUGAAGCUCACAAAUUCCACUACGUUGAACCAGCGUAUUGUGGAAUAGUCCGUUUGGUACAUCAAGAAGGAGCCGAUGAAGCAGCUAGGCACGCUCUCAUUCAAUGGCGAAUUGAGAGGAACCCAAUUAUCGGAGACAAAUUCGCUUCCCGACAUGGUCAAAAAGGAAUCAACUCGUUUCUUUGGCCAGUUGAAAACUUACCUUUCAGCGAAAGUGGCAUGGUUCCGGAUAUAAUUUUCAAUCCUCAUGGUUUUCCAAGUCGGAUGACUAUCGGUAUGAUGAUUGAAAGUAUGGCAGGAAAAGCAGCUGCUAUGCAUGGUGAAGUCUAUGAUGCAUCUCCAUUUGUCUUCAAUGAAAAACGUACCGCUAUUGACCAUUUUGGAGAGCUAUUAUCUAGAGCUGGUUAUAAUUAUCAUGGAAAUGAGACGUUUUAUUCGGGAGUAGAUGGCCGCCAAAUGGAGGUGCAAAUCUUCUUCGGAAUUGUCUACUAUCAGCGUCUAAGGCAUAUGAUAGCGGAUAAAUUCCAGGUGCGAGCAACUGGUCCCAUAGAUCCUAUAACCCAUCAACCAGUAAAAGGUCGUAAAAAAGGUGGUGGGAUCCGGUUUGGAGAAAUGGAAAGAGAUGCGAUUAUUGCUCACGGGACUGCCUUUGUGUUACAGGAUCGAUUGUUGAACUGUUCUGAUCGUGAUGUAGCAUAUGCUUGCCGACGAUGUGGAUCUCUUCUAUCUGUGUUGAUGACCACAAAAGCAUUGGCCGUUCGAAGAAGAAAGGGUUCUUCGGAUACAGCCGAUUAUACCGAAAGACAAGUGUGUCGAAAUUGUGGUAAGGAAGACCAAGUAUAUCUAGUGCAGGUACCACGAGUAUUCCGCUAUUUAAACGCAGAAUUAGCAGCUAUGAAUAUCAAAAUCCAUUUAGAUAUAAACGAUUCUUCUUCUAUUCUUAGAGUUUGA